CUUCUUUACUUCUUUCUACCUGGUAAAUUUUAUGAGCAAUGGUAAUUGGCAAAGGUACUGAACUAGUGUUCAGAAGGUCACUAAAUUAAGCCCCAUUACUACCGAGUUGCUACUGUUGGGCCGCUAAACAAGGCCAAAGACAGUAUUGACCUGUAGAUGGUGAAAGACCUAAAUUGUUUGCAACUUGCACUGAGAAACAUUGUCUUUGAACUGACUAACGAUUCACAGAAAAGGUUUGGCUCAAAGUGGUGAACCAUGAACCAUCCUUGCUUGUAAAGACUUAGUCUGUGGUGGACGCUCCUUUUAAAUUCACUCUUGAUGACCUCACCUGUUCAGAAUAAAGUUACUUAUAUUACCAUUGUCUUAUUUUGACUGUCUCUACUUUUUCAAAAAAAAUUGGCAAAUUCUCCAAGGAAUUUUGAGACCCACCUGGAAGCAGUUGAAGUACCAACAGUGCCGGUAUACCAUCUUUUGAGAACCAGAGUUUUAAGAUUUUCUGCCUUGCGAAAAAGCCACAAUGCAAAGUGUUUAAACAAAUCACCAAAGCAACUUAUUAACCUAGCAAAUAAAGUUAAUAAAGUAAGAAAAUAAAGAGGCAGAUGAACGUCUGUGUUUUCUUUACUUUAGUCAGCAAAUCAACCUGAACUAAAGAUUCACCCUCUUUAAGCUUCCCUUCCUAGCUGAUAAAAAAAAGUAAAAAAGAUACUUAUUUCAGGUGGAACUGCCAGGAGAACUACAGUUCUUCAAUUCUCUAGUAACAAAGAGGUGAUGAAGAAGUUGCUGAUCAUCCUCCUGUUUCUCACAGGAGCGGCCCCCCUCGUCCUCCGUAAAUACUACUUGAUACAGCAGAGCAAAACGUGGAACGACUCGCAGACUUACUGCAGAGCCACGUACACCGACCUGGCUACCAUCGAAAGUGACGCCGACAUGCUCAAACUUCAGAACGAAGCUCUGAAACAACAGUUCAGUUCUGAUGCCUGGUUUGGACUUCACAAAGAAUUGCACGACUGGCGCUGGUCCAGCAGUAAUGGGCCACCAGGAACCGUGAACAAGUGGGCUAAUGGUGAACCAGACAAUAAGCAAUACCAGGAAGAGUGUGGGUUUAUGGAUGACUCUGGUACUUGGGGGGAUGCAGCCUGUGCAUUGUCAUGGCCAUUUUUGUGUUAUGAUGGGACAAAAACUGGUAGCGGCAAGUACGUCUACAUCUCUACCAGUAAGACCUGGUUUGACGCUCAGAGCUACUGCAGGCUGCACUACACUGACCUGGCCAUCAUAAGAGAUCCAACUGAAAAUUCCCUCCUAGGUAUAUUAUUCACGUGGAUGACUUGGAUCGAUCUGUUUAGGACCACCUGGAAGUGGCUAGACCAGACCAACCUGGCCAACAUCACCUGGAAGUCUGGACAACCUGAUAAUUCAUUAUCACUUAAAGACUGUGGUUAUUUAUCUAAUUUUCAGGCCGGUGAUGCUCGGUGCUCGGACCUCAAACCUUUCUUCUGUCAUGGAAUUAUAACAGGCCAGAAGCAGAUCCUGAAGUUCAAGGUUCGGUCAGAUCAGGACGUGAACGAUCCUGUAGUGCAGGCAGCAUUACUGGAGAAGAUCCAGCAGAAACUAAAGGAGCUCGGGAUGGAACAGAACAUCACGUUGAAAUGGAGAGAGCAAGCAGAUGGAGUGGUGUUCCACAAGAUUAAAAAUGAUACUAUAGUAGAAUAAUUGAGACUAAAAUAUAUUAUUGUUAGCAGAAUUCGUCUAGCUAGAAUGCUACACUGUAUCGACUAACAAACAUCAUGUCUAAAUGUGGAAGUUCUGGAUAGUUGUUUAGAUGUUUAAUUAUAUAGAUCUGGUUAAAUAUAAAAUCUAAUUAUAAAUAUUCAUAAAAAUAGUCAUAGUUUAACAUAGUUAUCAAAGGAAGCAUUACUAGAUCAACCCUAGUAUGAAGACCCAUUUGCCCCCUUUCUCCCACAUCUCAAAAAUUAACAUGGACUACACUAGUACAGGUGUAGACAAUCAGUGCUAAUGAGCGACGUUUUCCCUGUGCUUCCCGUUGCUAAUAGAGGGAAUAAAAGUAGAUUAACCCAUUCCAAUUUUACAUGAUAUUUAUGAUAUUUUCUUUAUUAAUUAUAAGUAAUUCUUCUUACGCUUUACUUUUGAAACAUGGAAAUCUGAAAA